AUGGUGAAUCAAAAGACUCCGCUGCAGCACAACUCUACGCUAUAUAUCUCCCCCAUGAUGACGCGCAAACAGGAAUUGUUCAUCACCCCACCGAAUCCCCAACAACAACAACAACCACCACCGCAUUUCUUUGAAACACCAGGAUCCAACCGGUCUUCCUUCUUCAGCUUGUCCAAGGACCUGACACGGAUUACUGAACCACUCACACCAGUGGAGAAGCUCCGACUAUGGCGUCAUGACGCCUUAAUGCAACACCACUACACCACCGCAGAAUUCAUUGGCGAUAAGAUCCUCACCUUGACCAAUGACCCUAAUGACGCAUUCUGGUUGGCGCAAGUCUACUUCCAGAGCGGCAACUACCUUCGUGCCAAGAACUUGCUUAUUUCCAAACCCGAGUUUGAAAAAAAUGUCGGAUGCAGGUAUCUUGCCGGGUAUUGUUUGAUCAAGUUGGAGUUAUGGAGUGACGCAUUGGACUUGAUUGGUGAAAACAACCCAUUCACUAAAGACGACAAUUACCAGGUGAGAAGUAUAGACGGCGGAAUCAAACUCGAAGCAUCCAUGUGCUAUUUACGAGGGUUGAUUUAUGCCAAUCAGAAUAAUUUCGACCGAGCCAAGGAUUGUUACAAGGAGGCGGUGCUAAUUGAUGUGAAGUGCUUUGAAGCGUUUGAUGAGUUGAUUAGUAAUAACUUAAUGACUCCGGCAGAAGAGUGGGAGUUUAUUCUGAAUCUAAACUAUAGAGAUGCCGAUGACAACGAGGAAUUGAUUAAAUUGUUGUAUACUACAAGACUAAGCAAGUAUCUUAACGUGGACAAGUUCAACGAAGCAGAACAUAUCCUUAAGGAAGAGUAUGAGUUGGGCGAGAAUAGUGAUAUUUUGCUAAGUCGUGCUGAUUUCUUUUACAUUCAGUGCAAUUUCGAUUCAUGUUUAUCCAUAUGUGAGAAGAUUCUCGCGUACGAUCAGUACAAUUUCAACAUUAUACCCAAUUAUCUCAGUUGCUUGUAUGAACUUGGAGGAAAAAACAAAUUAUUCCUCAUGGCGCAUCAGCUUGCCGAAAACCAUCCUACAAACCCAAUCACCUGGCUAGCAAUCGGUACAUACUACUUGUCGAUCAACAAGGUCAUUGAAGCCAGAAAGUUCUUUAGUAAAGCCACACUACUUAAUCCAAAUUUCGGGCAAGCCUGGAUUGGAUUUGCCCACACAUUUGCCGCAGAAGGUGAGCAUGAACAAGCAAUAAGUGCUUACGCAUUUGCAGCCAGAUUGUUCCCCGGCACCCACCUACCUAAUUUAUUUCUAGGCAUGCAACAUUUGCAAAUGAAUAACUUGAAUUUGGCGGAGGAGUACCUUUCUGCCUCGUACCAGAUCUGCAAUUCCGACCCAUUAUUAUUGAAUGAGCUAGGAGUGAUUCAUUUCCACAAGUUGCAAUUCGAUAGAGCGGAAUUAUUCUUUCAAGAAGCGUUAGAUGCAGCGAAAUACCUCAAUUCCGAUAGUAAAACCUGGAUAUCGAUUCAUUCCAACCUCGGCCAUGUCUUCAGGAGAAAUGGCGAGCCAUUCAAGGCAUUAGACUGUUUCAACCAGGUGCUUAAGAUCAGCAACCGCAACAACGAUGCCAAUAUCUUGGCGGCGAUGGGACUCAUUUAUCUCAAGCUUGGCAAGGUGUUUAAACUGAUUGACGUGUUACAUGACGCGUUGGCUAUUAGUCCCGGUGAUCCCAUCGCUACUGACUUGUUGAAACGCGCAUUGGACGCCAAUAAGGACAAUGGUGCCGUGUUUAUUCAAGAGGUGGGUGCAAAUGUGCGUCCCGAUGACACUUUCAAGUCACCAUUGACAGGUAAAAUGAGGCUUAAGGAAGACAAUGUGGACACGCUUGCCCGCGACUUGAAAAAGGGAGAGGAGUCAAGUGAUGAAGAUGAAGAUGUUAUGGAUAUAGAAAGUGAUUAG